GAGAUGGAGAAGGAGGAUGAAGGGGGCUGGCGGAGGGCCGGGAGAGGAGGAAAAGCAGGAUCCGCGCUGAGCUGCUCGGGCAGCUGCUGCUCCUCGCUGGCAAUGGCUGUGAAAAAUCCCACAGCAGUUGAACGAGCAAAUUUAUUGAAUAUGGCUAAACUGAGUAUUAAGGGACUCAUUGAAUCUGCUCUGAGCUUUGGAAGAACUCUUGAUUCUGAUUACCCACCUUUGCAACAGUUCUUUGUUGUUAUGGAGCAUUGCCUGAAACAUGGUCUUAAAGUAAGAAAAUCUUUUCUAAGUUACAAUAAAACAAUAUGGGGCCCUUUGGAGCUUGUAGAGAAAUUGUACCCAGAAGCUGAAGAGAUUGCUGCCAGUGUGCGAGACUUACCUGGUCUGAAGACUCCACUGGGACGUGCUCGCGCUUGGUUACGACUGGCGCUGAUGCAGAAAAAGAUGGCGGACUAUUUACGGUGUCUUGUCAUUCGGAGAGACCUUCUCAGUGAAUUCUAUGAGUAUCAUGCCUUGAUGAUGGAAGAAGAAGGAGUCGUCAUUGUCGGGUUGCUUGUUGGCUUAAACGUAAUAGAUGCCAACCUGUGUGUGAAAGGAGAAGACUUGGAUUCACAGGUUGGUGUGAUUGAUUUCUCUAUGUAUCUGAAGAAUGAAGAUGAUAUUGAAAGCAAAGAAAGAAAUGACCAAAUCUCUGCUAUAUUGGAUCAAAAGAAUUAUGUUGAGGAAUUAAACCGGCAACUGAAUGGCACAGUCAGCAGCCUCCACGCACGCGUCGAUUCACUGGAGAAAUCAAACACUAAACUAAUUGAAGAGUUAGCAAUAGCCAAAAAUAACAUCAUCAAACUUCAAGAAGAAAAUCAUCACUUAAGAAGCGAGAAUACACUCAUUCUAAUGAAAACACAGCGGCAUCUAGAGGUGAACAAAGUGGAUGCUGAAGCAGAACUCCAGACGUACAAACACUCCAGACAGAGCCUGGAUGAAAUGUACAAUGAAGCACACCGGCAGCUUCGGGAAGAAUCACAACUGAGACAAGAUAUAGAGAGUGAACUGAUGGUUCAAGUCGGUAUGAAGCAUGAAAUAGAACUUGCAAUGAAGUUGCUGGAGAAAGAUAUACAUGAAAAACAAGAUACCCUUAUAAGUCUGCGGCAACAGCUGGAGGAAGUCAAAGCAAUAAAUGUAGAAAUGUACCAAAAGUUGCAGGGGUCUGAUGAUGCCUUGAAAGAGAAGAAUGAAAUAAUUGGUCGUCUGGAGGAUAAAACGAAUCAGAUCACUGCAACUAUGAAGCAGUUGGAGCAAAGAUUGCAGCAAGCGGAGAAGGCUCAAAUGGAGGCAGAGAAUGAGGACAAGAGAUUUAAGCAAGACUAUAUGAGUAAAUCUGAAAGUCUGCAGAAAGAAAUUGCCCAAAAGGAGAAACAAUUGAGUCAGCUAGAGACAGAUUUGAAAAUAGAAAGAGAAUGGCGGCAAACCAUGGAAGAAGACAUUAAAAAGGAAAAAGAAACAUCCUCCUCCUUGAAGAUAGAGACCCAGCAAAUCAUUCCACUUAAAAAGGAGUUCCUAAAAGUACAGGAAAAAAACAAGCACUUGAAAAAUCUAUGCCACGACCAAGAAGAAGCUCUCCAAGAACUAGCUGGCAAACUGAGCGAGUCAAAGCUUAAAAUAGAAGAUAUUAAAGAAGCAAACAAAACGUUGCAGGGGCAGGUCUGGCUAAAGGACAAAGAAGCUACUCACUGUAAAUUAUGUGAAAAGGAGUUUUCUCUAUCCAAAAGGAAGCAUCACUGUAGGAACUGUGGAGAAAUUUUCUGUAAUGCCUGCUCUGACAACGAACUGCCUUUACCAUCCUCACCGAAGCCCGUACGAGUUUGUGAUUCCUGUCACGCGUUGCUCAUACAGAGGUGUUCUUCCAACGUGCCAUGAAUGCCAUUUGCGGACUUACAAAGUAUUGUACUUCUACUACGGUGGUUGAUAUCACAAGUAUUGCUGUAAAGAUUUGUGCAGCCCAGGCUAACGCUUUUGUAAAUUCCAAACCAUCUAACCACCAGAUGCAAACCAUUGUGCCAUUGUGAUAGUCCUGCAGUGCCAGCAUGAGGCCAAUUUGUAAUGCUGUGCCAACAGAGUGAUUGGCAUGCCUCAUCUUAAGAAUGUAUUGGCCAGUACAACACAUUUAUGGUUGGUCCUUAAGGAUAUUGGCAUGAUUUUAUGUGUUCCACACAGCUGUUUUUACCAUGCAAGCGGACCAUUCAAGCAUCUAGUGCGGAACUGUGCCUCCUUUGCCUUUUUGUUAAAACUUCCUAGCUUGGGAAUAAAUUUGCAGUGGCUAGAACUCAGAAACCGGAGAGGAGCUGGACGAGGGUUCAGGUAUUCUACCCUAGGAUUCAGCAUCCAGGGCACAGUUUUGUAUCCCAAUUAUCUGUCCUCAACAAAGAUGUGAUCUGAACUGCUUUAUUAUUGACACAAAUAAUUUUGCAAAUUAAAUAUAAACAAAUGAACCUGACCUAAUAUUUCUGUUGGCAGUAUCUGGUUUUCUUUGGCAUACAUUGACGUGUAGAUCCUCAGUUAAUAAUCUAACCACUAUUGGCUCUCAGGAUCCUGGCCUGGGAAUGCAUCCAUUUCUGUACAGAUAAGGGGGCGAUGUCUGACAUAGAAUGGAAAUGGCUGUGCUUGACAGAGAGGCUGUGGGCAGCUGGGGCCCCACCUUGGAGAGAGACCUGCCAACAUCCAUGAAGAACGUAGUGGGUAGAACCUGUGGAGGUCCUAGGUGUGGGGGCACAAUGCCCCCAGUGUUAGGAGGAGCAAAGAGUGGAGAUGGCCUGGGCUGAAACUCUGCAUAGGCUGGGAGUCCAGCUGAGGGAUCAUAGAAAGAUCCAUAAUACUUUCACCCUAUCCCCUAAGUUUUAAAGCUAAGUGUUGGGAACUUUUGAGGGCUUUUCUUACUUAGUUGGAGUCCAGUCUCUGGCAUCUCCCCAGAAUAACAGAUCAGUUAUAUACUGUAGAAGGUUAGCUAACCUGCAUUAGAUACUUGAGGCUUGUUGACUUCCUCUACUGCUAGCAGAUAUAGCUGUAAAGCAACUUGUACAGUAAGAAUUAUGUACCUAUUGCUAUCAGGUUGCGCACCAAAGGAGAGGCAUAUAGGAAAAUGUAGGUAAUCAACAGACAGUCUAGAUUAAAUAAUUAUUCCAAUUAUUUGUGUGUGCAACAAAAUUUUCUAAAGCAUAUAAACCCUUACAAUGUCUUACACAAGAAAAAAAAACUUUGGUGAUUUAUUUUCAGAUGGGGUAGUUGACUUUGUAAAGAGAGAUGCUGAAUUAUAAUCAAUCUCAAGACCAUGCAUUCUCCUGGACUGAAUAGAGAUUUAGGAUUCCUGCUUUAUUACCAAUUCUGAUUUCACCACGCCUUCUGUCUCUGAGCACAGCACACCUAAUCCAAUUAUGCUUGCUAUUGACAUUUACCUGCUGUUGCCAUUAGAUGUCUGAAUUCACUCUUCUCUACUUAAGGACAGGUGGACUCACAUUUUUGUUAUAUCUGAAGAAGUGAGCUGUGACUCACCCUGCCAGAAAUGUUGUUAGUCUUUAGGGUGCUACUGUGGAAAUAAUUUUCAAAAGGUCAGCAUAUCAGAAGGUAGAAGUAGUAUUCUCCCUCCACAAGGAUUAGGUAGAUUAUCCACAAGACUCUUUUAUGUACAUGCUAUGCUAGUAGCCUUUAUUAACUGCAGUUUAUAAGCAAACCACCUAUUUUCAUACUGGUAUGACUGCUUCAAAAAAUUUUUUAAGAACCUAGUUCCUAAAACAGGAGUUGCUUGUCAGAUGGUAAAGCGUACCAUACUUGUACAUCAAAUGUAAGGACAAGCUAAGGAUGGAGUGUUGUAUAAUUUCACUGUAGAAUAAAUUAUUCUUAAUGGAAAGAUUUCUUUUAAUUUAGUCCAAUUUAUAUUAUUUUGUUUCAGCUUCCAAGUUGCUACUAAAAAACAACAACCCUACAAGGCCUUGUGAAAUUACUGUAAAUGUUGUCUGGAAGGGGACACUAGAAUAAAUGGCAGGGCCAGUCUCUCAGGAAAGUUUUCUGAUACUUUUCUAGUCAUCAGAGGGUGGGAAUGACAGAAAAAGUCCUUUCUUGCUUUAGUUCAAGAAGCAUUGCAGCUGGGGCACAACCCAGGGGACAAAUGUGACUUAUUCCCACCCCCACCCCCACCCCCCAGCAGGCUCCAGCAGUUUCAAGAACA